GAGGGACGCCGGAAUAGACCUUUUCUCCCGCCAUUUUUCGAUUGCACAAGAUUUUUUUCAGGGACGCGCAGAGCCAAGCCCCCGUAUCCAGGCCCAGCCGACCAAGCCGAAGGCUAAUUAGUGCCUCCCGUGUGGGGCGGUUAAUGUGCUUGAGUCUUCCGGGGAGAAGGUGAUUAACAUGCUCUCUCACAAGAAGAGGCCGGCCGAAGUUCACUGCGAUCAGUGGGUGCUCAUUGCACCAGAAUCUGUUACUGAUCUUCCAGGAAACACUGAGAAUGGACCUGUGUUUACAAGACUGCAUAACCCAUGCACAGGGGAAGCAGCCCUUUACUUGUUCGAUACCAAUGCGCAACAGCUGUUUGAAGUAAAAGCUUUCCAUGAAGAGUACCAUUCUUGGUUUAUAGGUCAGACAGUUCAACACGAUGGUCGCCUUUUAAUUGUAACGCCGAUGGACCCUUUGUUUAUGGUUCUGUAUUACCUUAUGAAGGCUGAGAAAGAGCAAGGGAAGUUUCAGCCACUGGAUCAGGUUGUGAUAGACGCAGAAUUUCCUAGCUGUUCCAUGCUGUUGCAAUGUGCCAAACUCAGACCAUUUCUCCACCAUGUGACAGAGGAAAAAGAAAUUGGAAAUAAGAAGUUUUAUAAGUACAGCAAAGAGAAAACAUUGAAGUGGCUGAAUAAAAAGGUGGAUCAAACUGUGAGAGCUUUAAAAAUUGGCAAUGUAAACGUAGGUGCCCGAGUAUCAUCUGCCACAUUUGUCCCAGGUGACCAUGGCUGUGAUGUCAAAGAAGAGGAUUACAUCCGUUAUGCUCAUGGCCUAAUAUCUGAAUAUAUACCUAAGGAAUUAAGUGAAGACUUGGCUAAAUACUUAAAGCUUCCAGAACUUUCUGCUUCAUUGCCUGAGCCUCCAUUAAAGAAAAGGAAGGUGUCGGAUGGGCCCGUAGAAGCAGAAGAAGACUACACUAAGUUUAACAGUGUAGAUCU